AAUAAAAGGUUGUAAACAUAAAGGAAUUAUCUACCUAAGGCUUAUGACGCUACAUGUUUUAAAUGCACUGUAUACUGCAAACCCUUAACACAGCCUUAUUUCUUAUCCCUCUUUCCGGACCAAACAUUCAGGAUGGCGGCGAUGGGACAGGGAGUCCCGAUGGAUGGCGAAGCCUGUGUCCAGGCCAUGAUGAAGGAGACCCUCAUGACCAAACUCCGCGCCGGGAAGAAGAAGUUCAAGCGUUCGUACCGCCUGCAGAAGGACCGGGAGAGCAUUGUGUACAGCCCGACCCGACACAGCGCCGUACCAGAGUGUACCAAACGACUCCCAGCCGAACAGGCAUAUGACGUAUCCAACAUAUUGGAGGUGUUUCUGAGCACGCUGACGUCACGGAGUUCACGUGUGGACAGGGAGAAGGCUGUCGGACCAUCCAACUGUUUCAGCAUCUCAUAUAAAGAUCAGACUCCCACCCUGGACCUGAUAUGUAACAGCCCUGAGACGGCACAGACCUGGGUUCGUGGGAUCCAACACCUCAUACAGUCCCGGACAGGAGAGACCAUCGUCCACAAGAAGGAGAGAUGGAUAUCAGAGUUCUUUCACGCUGCCGACAAGAACCAGAACGAGCGGCUGGACCUGAAGGAGGCGACCAGCCUGCUGAAGAAGAUGAACGUACCAAUCAGCAGUUCUCAUAUCAAGGAGAGGUUCCAGGAAGUGGAUCAAAAUCGGAACGGUGACCUUGACCUAGAGGAGUUCGGACAGCUCUACAGGCAGCUGACCUUCCGUCAGGAGGUGGAGGAUCUCUUCAACAGGGUCUCCUCGGCUCAAGGGACUUUGACAAUGCAGGACUUGCACAAGUUCCUUACGCAGGAACAAAAGGUACAGGCAGAUGCAGAAACCUGCAAGAGGAUCAUCAACACGUAUGAACAGAUCGAUGACGUCAAGGCGAGAGAUUCAUUAAGUUUGCAAGGUUUCACCCUGUACUUGGAGUCGAAGGACGGCGACAUCUAUAAUCACGCGCACGACCAGGUAUACCAGGACAUGACCCAGCCGCUCAGUCACUACUUCAUCGCGUCUUCUCACAACACGUACCUUCUGGAGGACCAGCUGAGGGGGCCCAGCAGUAAAGAGGGCUACAUCAGGGCCCUGCAGAAGGGAUCGCGAUUUCUGGAGUUGGACUGUUGGGAUGGGGACGGGGGCGAGCCCGUCAUCUACCACGGCCACACCCUCACCUCCAAGGUGCUGUUUAAGGAGGUGAUUGAGGCCAUCAAUGACUACGCCUUCAAGGCUUCACCCUACCCAGUGUUCCUGUCGCUGGAGAACCACUGCAGUGUGGAACAGCAGCGGACCAUGUCGGCACACAUGCGGCGGAUCCUGGGCAGUCAGAUCUGUACCGACUCCGACACGCCCGACCCCUCCGUGCUGCCUUCACCCGACAGUCUCAGGGGGAAGAUCAUCAUCAAGAACAAGAAGCUCCCACCUGAUGUACUGGAGGAUGAGGUCAGCGACGAGGACGAGGCUGCGGAGAUUGAGGACCCGGAAGUGCAGGCUCGCAUGCAGGCAGAAAAGGAGAAGAGGAGAAAAGAGCUGGAGAAAAAGGUAAUUUGUACAGGAUCGCGACUUCGUGUUGUCACGCAGCCACAACUGGAUUACCCUUUAAACCUGCUUGUGUGACUCUGUAUAUAGUCUGCAUUAAUAGAUCUCUUCUUUGAGUUCCACUAUGUAGUGGUUUUGCUCGUGUUAUCCACCAAUCCUGGGAUACUUUAGCUAUGUAGUGGUUUUGCUCGUGUUACCCACCAAUCCUGUGAU